CUGGGAGUGCAGGGGAUCUAUCGGAUAAGCGGAUCCAAGGCCCGGGUGGAAAAGCUGUGCCAGGCCUUCGAGAACGGCAGGAACCUGGUGGACCUCUCCGAGCACUCGCCCCAUGAUAUCACCGGCGUCCUGAAGCAUUUCCUGAAGGAACUUUCAGGGCCUGUGUUGCUCUACCAGCUCUAUGACGAUCUCAUUGCUCUUGCCAAAGAUUUGCAAAAACCCAGCGAAGAAAAGAGGGAUUCCGCAGGCUUCCCUUCGGAUCCCAUCCAGGGCAUGAAGGACUUGCUGAGCAAAUUACCUGGAAGCAACUACAACACCCUGCGGCACCUUAUUGCACACCUGUACAGGGUGGCAGAGAAAUAUGAAGAGAACAAGAUGUCCCCAAACAACCUGGGCAUCAUAUUUGGGCCAACUCUGAUCCGGCCGUGCUCGGGGAGCGACGUCUCGAUGUCGUGUCUCGUCGACUCCGGCUAUCAAGCCCAGACUGUGGAGUUCCUCAUCCAGAACUAUGAAAGGGUGUUUGGGAUGGAUGACCUGCCUUCGUCCUUGUCCCUCGGAUGUGAAAAUCCUUCGCAUGAAGCGGCGAUGGAGAAGGAUGAAGGGCAUCAGAACCCAGACAAACUCCAGAAUGUGACUCUAGAGAAUUUCUCCUCCAAGCAUGAUUUAAACGUGGACUCUGUGUCUGAUAACUCGUCUUUCAGGGAGGCCAUCAAUGAGCUGACGCUGGAAAGAGCCCACAGUCCAUCAAACACAGAUGCUCCAGAGAUGAAUAGAAGUUUUGACGCUGAGCUGGAGAACCCGGAGGACCCUGUGCAGGAAAGGGCAGAUGGUGACUUGGACACGGUGGUAGCGACGCAGCCCAGAGGCCAUUUCAGCCGGCAGCCGGUAAAAUACACUCGAGCACAGGCCAAAAUGAGGCCAGUCAUUCCCAAGUCUUCCAGUUUGCCGUUGAGAACUACCGCUUUAUCCAGCACGGCACUGGAGUUUGGGGCAGAAGGCAGCCCUAAGGACAGCGGCUCCGUAGGGAAGGAUAACCUGGAAGAGAGCAGGAACAGCUCCCCGGACACCAGCACCCUCAAGGGCCGCCCAGGUGGGAAACAGCAACUCAGGCAUUUUGAGAUGACGCAGGAAACGGCCAGGAUCGUCUCCAAGUUUAAGGACGAUGACGCUUCGACAUCCCCCGAGGUGUCUCCGGAGGGCACAGGGUCUGCUGAGAACACAGCAAACCUCAACUUGGAGGUCCCACCAUGGAAAAUCCCAGAGGAGAAGAGAUAG